UAUGAAGUGUUUUGACCUGUGUUGGUCAUCCUUUAAAGUAGUUUGCCACACCUCUUCAUAGCUUUUACGAUACACCGAUGGGGAGAAAUUUACAGCACCGCACAAGGCAAUGCUUUGUUUAAAAUAGCAGGCCCCGUUUAUGUUGGAGUUCCUUUACACUAGUCUUUGUCUUGGCUGUAAAAUCCAAUUCAAUAAAGUAGGAUUAGAGUAAGUGUACUAUCAACGUAGAAAACGAAACGUAAAGGUAUAAAAAGAAGAAGUUUUCUUCAAUCAAUUGCCCUUUCAUCUCAUCAACACUCAGUUUGAUUUUCUUUAAGAUGAAUAACCUUUCCUACUUUUUCAUUGCUUCUUUGAUAUCUUCUUUGAUCAGCUUAAACGUACAAGCUGGAAAGGAAACAGGCAUGAACCACGCAUCGGCUUCUUCACCUCGAAGUUCUCCUAAAAGUCAUGGUGCAGGAAUUAAUCUUAGUGAGCAGGCAACAGUGGUUUCUGAGAAGAACGGUGGCGCUCCUGUAUAUCCUAAGAUUGCAGCUCGUAUCCACUCAAGUGAAAGUGCUAAAGGAAAGCAAGUUCAUACAGCAAGCGAAACAACAGCAGGUCCAUCCAAGGCUUCAGCUAUACAUGCUUCAAAGCCUUUGCCCGUAGCCAAAGGUAGUAAUGUUAGCAUAAAGAACACUAGUGCACCAACACCUACUGCAGAGAAGGAACAUUACAUCGAAGUUGGAAAGUAUAAUCCAUAUCUCAAAAAACAUCAAUAUACAAAAAUUAAGCAAACGCCGGAACAACAUGAAAAGAACUUAGCAAGAUUUGGUAUAGUCAGACAUCCAACAGCCAGUGACAUUCACGUAAAGAUAAUUAGGAUCGGGCAUUCUGAGCAAUCCAAAAGUCCCUGGAGCAGAUGA